UCAUUACAAUAUAUAAAUAUCCGGGGUAAUACUAUAAGGCCGAUUAUUUUACCAGAUUCUUUGAAUUUAGAUUCUCUGCUAGUUGAUGAACAGCAAUUGAACAAAUUGAGAAGAGCUGGUAAGGUUUCUGAUGAUUUAAGUAGAAAAAGAAGAAGAGAUUUCAAUCAAGAAACAUCUAAAAGAAUUAGAAGAGGUGCUUGA